GGAUAAGACCAAGAACAUCAAAUCCAAAGUCCCAAUUCAUGAAUACACAGUUAAACUGGGGUACAGGCUGCUGCUCAAAACUAAAGACCCAGACCUUAUCAUCAAGAAAAGAUGGCAGAACUUAUUGGGACAGGAGGCAGACAAAUUAACCCAGAUCCAGUGGAAGAAGUUCAAGUCUAUUAGGCCGAUUAAAAUCAGAAGCUUACAAUGGCUAAUCACGUAUGGUGCACUACCGGCGGGUGGAGACCCCGUGGUCUUACACGUCACUGCUGAACGAGGGGCUGUGCGACGACGACGGCAAUGCAGCGGUUGAUCUCAGCUUCCAGUUGUCCAGCAGCAGCGGAGCAGCGGCCACGCACACUCGGAUCAUCAAUCCCCACCCGAGUGUGGAUUGCGCGGACAACACGCACGGUGGUGUGUGCGGGCCGCGAGACGGCGGUCUGCCUCAAUCGCUUCGUGAAGGUGGUGGUAAUCGGAAUGAGUCGACGUUGACCGUCGGCGGAGGAGUCGGUGCGCGUGAACGUCCGGAGUGGAUGUGGUUCUCACCUGCGUCGCGAAGCGGAUCCGGCGCUCCUGGACGGCAGCGGCCGGAGGAUUUGCGUGAGGAAGGUGCGGACGAACACCGCGACGGCAGGCAGCUGUGGGCAGAGUGCAAGCAGGCCUUGUAUCAACGUGGAACAGAGACAAUCACGAGAGGGGUGCAACGGCUCCACGUGGACGAAGGGGACGAAGCUGCAAUUGAGGAGGCCGAAGGGUGUGACGACGUUGACGGUGACAACGAUUGCAACUCCGACGAUUUGCCAGACAUUAGGCCGCUGGGGAGGAAGGCGACGAACGGCGGAGCGACUGCGAGGAAGGGUCCUGCUACGAAAAGCGCGGGGGCUGGAGGGGACACCAUGGCCCUUGAGGGUGGAGGGGAGGCAGCCAAUGAGGAGCAGGGGUCGACGAAAGACUCCACAUUCAGCGCGGGGAGCGGCGGCGGUUAUGGGAAGAGGAAGAACAUGCGGCAACAAAUCUUCGAGGCCGUCGCCGAGGUCAUGGACAAGCAUUGUGCGCUCAUGGCGAACACAAUGGACAGUGCGAGCAAGCGGCAACGCUCGAUGAUGUUACGUCAGUGCGAAAUCCUGGAGAGCGAAGUGGAAGUGCAGAGGAAACAUUAUGCUGCGGCGGAUGAGGCGAACAGAAUGAUGGUUCAUCUCCUUCUCGUCUGGGACUUCUUCAAUGUCGUUGUCGAUCAUCGCUGUGGAUCUUGUCGCUCUCCUUCUCGCCGCGGAUCCUUCUCGCCGCAGAUCCUUCUCGCCGCGGAUCCGUAUCGCCCCUUCGGAGGUCCUGCGUCGCUUAGUCGCGAAGAUCUUCUUCUCGCCGUGGAGCAGUGUCCGCAGGGUUCAUCUCCUUCUCGCGUUCGCGUCGACGUAGAGCUAGUGCGUAGCCACAAACGGCCAUUGACGGAGGCGGGAAGCAUGUCUGCGCAAAGCGGCGUCCGUGGCAAGAAGCGGGAAAACAUCCCCGCGGACACUCAAGGGCGGGAAAGGGGUCGGCGGCAUGUCCCCAAGGCGAAGAGGCUCCGUUCGGAAGAAGCAUCAGCAAGCCUGCCUCUUCAGCGAGGGCGAAGUUGGGCGGCAACCAACGAAGAGGAAGAUGACGACGUGUUCACGACGAAGGAGGAAGCAGCAGAGGACAACGUGCCGGCGCCUCGAGGAAGCAGUCUUCAACGCUCAUCUGAUCAGAGCGGUGCGAGGAGAUUGUUGACGCCCCCUCCGGAGGCGCAACAAGUGCGUGCGCACAACACCCCGAAGGCGAAGGAGGUUGUCGUCGACGUCGGCGGUAAGGACGACGAGCCGUUGGAAAGCCGUAAGCAGCGCAAUGUCAUACAAGGCGCCACGGCGACAGCAGUCAGGAUACACGCCACGAAUGAAGAAAGGCCACCUCAGGGUGGCCUGCCCUCCACGCCGUUCCAGCCGCGUCCGCAGAACACGGCUGCAGAGGAGGGCUCCAUGGAACGUGGGGGAGGGGAGGGGGCCCAACAGAAAGCACUGGUGGCGAGUGGGGGGGCGAUCGCUGGUGCAGCCGCGGGGUCUUCGGGCAAUGUUGCUGCUGCGGCGAGGGCGAGAGAGGAGGUCCCAGUUGUGGAGCGGGAGGUGACGCAUGGCAACAACAAGGGUGAAAGGGAGGAUGAAGACCCCCUUCUAAGCCGGGUUCGGAGGGGAGGGAUGGCGAGAGAUCUGGCCGAGCGUGCCCGCCUGUGGGUGGAUGACAAAGCAUUCUGGACGACGGGGGUGGGGCGAAGGCUGUACAACAUCGUCCCCAAAACGCGGGAGUACUUCGUCGCCAUCGCCAACGGGCUGCAAACGCCCGCCGUGCCCAGGAGCGUCGUCAUGUCGAAAUCGUCCACGACCCUGACAAGGAUUGCAGAUCCCGCACAACUGCAGCAGGCGAUCGCCCGCGCGAUGGCAACGGAGAAUAUUGCUCUGCACGUCUUGCACGGAUGGGUCUUCAAGUCCGGGAACCGCCCCCAAGGAUUCAAUGUCGCUUUCCAGUACGCGCUGGAGUCGGUGGCGACGGACACUGCCCGCGACAGGCCGGAGGACGACAACAUGGCGGCGCACCAGGAGGCGACCGUUAUAUGCAUCGCGCAUGCAUUUCGCGCCGCGGUGCAAAUGGGUGGCAUCGUCGACGGCGGGUUCAUCUCGCACGAUCGUCUGUCAAGAAGUGCGGAUUGCUUCAGGCUUUUGUUGGCUGCCUGCAUGUGGUUGAUGCGCAUGGCGGGAGACAAUCCGCGCAGCCACUACGAAGCCUUUUACUUCGCGAAGCUGGUCGUGAAGCCCACUCUCGUCGUGUCCAUGCAUCACGCCUUCGAUCAUCGACGGUCCGUCAUCCGAGCCACGAACGCCGUCACGGAGAGACUAGGGAAGGCGAACGCCACAUUCGGAGACUACCCGAAGUACAUCGCCGACUGGGCUUCCUGCGGCAUCGUCUUCGGGCACGAUGCGACCAUAACGGGGCCAAAGGACGCGAAGAGGAGGGAUUGGUUGGGUUCGGGCCCCUUGGAGGACGACGACGACGACGAUGGAAAAGAGGACGCGUAAUGGGGAGGUUGGGUGGGAGAGGGUGUUGCUGGUGCUGACACGUG